AUGUUGCAAACUAAAAAAAGCCUUUCUUUCACCAGAUACAUCUUAAAUUGUCAACAAGCAAUGGCCAAAUUAAAGAAGAGAUCUAAACUUUCGCAACAAAGACACCAAAAUAACCAGCUUAAUGCGGCGGUGCCAAAGAAAAAUGAGUCUAAUCAGGUCAAUAAGGUGUUAACUUUGCUUGAUAAAAUUAAAAAGUCUUCAACAAGUUCUGUUAAUGACAAACUCAUCACAAUCAACAAUAUUUUAGUUCAAUGUAAGAAUGAUCCAUCUGUCCGUAAAGUUUUCUUGAAAAAUGAUUUAAUCAAAAUUAUUCUCAAUGACUUACUAAAGGAAGAAAAACAAUUCGAUGAAAUACUCGUAAGUUGUUUUGAUCUAUUGAAAAACCUAAUACUUGAAGAAGACUAUGACCUGGCUAUUUAUCUUUGGAGAAAUGGUAUUUGGGAAAUACUAAUUGAAAAUUUCGAUAAAGCCUUCAAAUCAUUACCACAUUUGGACGACGAAAAGGUGAACCAAAUCAGCAAAGAUUUAUUGCUAAGCUAUAUUUCUAACCUUGUUUCUGUGAUUGACAAUUUGUCAAUGGAAUUAAGCACCGAAGUUAUAAAUAGUUCACUUGUUCCAAAUCUAUUUCAAUCCAAUAUCUUGACUUACUUACUUCAGUUUAUCAAGUUGGAUAAUGUGCUCACCAAUAAAGACAAAUUAAAAGUUCUUCUAGAUAUAUUGAGAUUGAUCUAUGACUUGUCAACUUUGAGUGCUGAUUUUUUACAAAACUUACUGGAAAAUAAUGACUUUCAAAUGGUCUUUUCAAAUAUGAUCACCUCAAAUAUAGAGUCUCCGUUAGUAAAGGUUUAUUUAAUUGGAAUUCAGCUGCAGAUUUUUGAAAUUAAGGACGAUCUAAAUGAGAAUUUGGACUCAUUGCUAGUUGAAACUUUUACAGUCCUAGAUACUUUGAAAUAUGAACACGAAAAUGACGAUGAGUUUCAAAUUGUGGACUUGUCGUUAGAUUUGUUAACUACAGUUAUUGAAAUAAAAGGUUCGAUUUUAAUAGACAACAGUACAAAGAAAGACAAGGUUUUUGAUGGCUACUGUAUUGAUAAUAUAUUGCCAUUCAUUGGUAAAUUGUUUGAAAAAGACUUUAAAAAUGAUAAAGCCUUGAUAUGUUUAAGCAAUUUGAUGAUUUAUUUGAACUCCAACGGCUUAAUGAAUGAAAAAUUAGUAAAUGAUUUGGAAUCACUGAACACCAAUAAAAUUCAACCGGAAUUCAAUCAACUACUUAAUUCCAAAGAUUUGUAUCUUAUAAUUGACUAUCUCAAUUUUAAACUCAAUCUAUUAGAAAUUGAUCCUUCUAAAUUUGUUUCACAAGAACCACAAAUUGAUACAUUGAUUGAGCUUGGUACGAAAUUAUCUAAAUAUGACGAAUUUCUGGACAUUGAAUCGCAAAUUCAAUUUAUUACUACAUUAUUGAUGUAUCUAUCAAUUAUUGCUAAGAAUAUCAAUAACCUCGAAGUUACCAAAACCAUUGUUGAGUUUAUAAUAAAAUACAACAUUGUUGAGAAAAUUGAGUUCUAUAAUGGCGAGCUUUCAAAUGGAUUAAAUGUCUCGAAGUUUCACAAAAAAUACAACUAUCUAGUCGAGGAAUCUAUCAACGUCGCUAUUAAUUCAAUAUUCGAAUUGUUUGAUGAUGACUAUCCAUACAAUAGGGAAUUAUAUCACAACGGAAACCUAGGUGGGAUAUUGGCAAAUACGUUACAAGACUAUAAGAAGAUUUACAAAAAUAUUGAUAAAAACAUCAACUUAAGGUUGAAAAAACAAACUGAAGAAACGUUGAGCAACUUGCAAAGAUUUAUUGAGUACAAACAAACCGAAUAA